AUGUCCAGCUUUUCACUCCAUAAGGCAGCGCUAGAAGGCCAACCCGGUCUCGCCAGAUCAUUACUGACCGAAGAUCCGAAGCUGAUCAACGCCAAAGACGAGGAUGGGCGGACACCACUUCAUUGGGCAUGCACGACGGGGAAUCUGGGGAUGAUGCAGCUUCUGAUGGGGUUUCAUCCGGAUGUGGAAGCGCGGGAUGCGAUGGGCUGGACGAGUCUUAUGGUUGCAGCUGCGAGUGGGAGGUUAGAAGCGGUCCAUGAGCUGCUUAAUGCUGGUGCGGACGCGAAUGCUGCCAAUGAGAAGGGACAAACUCCAUUACAUUAUGCUGCUUCUAAAGGCAACACACCGAUCGGAAAGGCAUUGAUAGGAAAGGGUGCAGAUAUCAACGCCAAAGAUCGCGCAUCUCAACAUCCGCUGCACCGAGCCGCAUCCACCGGCUCAACAGCCUUCGUCAAUAUCCUUCUGAACCCACCAGAAGGCAGACCAAAAACACGGCUGAAUGGUGCAGAUAGGGCAGGCAACACACCAAUGCACCUGGCGAUGGAAUCAGGACACGGUGCGGUCGCCGUCAUGCUGAUAGAAGCUGGAGCAGACAGAGAACGCGCAAAUCUUGACUCCCAGACGCCGGAGGAGAUCGAUGGAGUAGGAGGCGAAGAGCAGAAGAGAGUACGGGCGUUCGUCGUCAGUGCGGUCGGCCCAAGAGACUGA